AUGCCAGUACCGACAAACUUGGAUCGAGCCGUUGCGCCGGCUGGUGCAUCUGCGCCCAAGAACAUCUGGAUCGCCGCGGGCGAAGGCGAUCUCGACCGCGUCAAGGACUGCGUUGAACGCGAAGGCAUCUCUCCUACUGCUGCGGACGAAUUCACAUACACGCCUCUGCACGCUGCUGCAUCGUACGGCCACCUCGACAUUCUGCGCUAUCUGCUGUCGCAUCCUUCUGCGCCAUCAGAUGCGGUCAAUGUGACCGACUCGGAUCUCGACACGCCGCUGUUCGUGUGCGAGACGGUCGAAGCUGCUCGCUGUCUGAUCGAGGAGUUCCACGCCAACGCCAAACACACCAAUUCCGAGGGUCUCACAGCAGCGCAACAGGCGUUCGAGAACGAGCACGAGGACUUGGCUCAGUACAUCGCUUCCGUAACGGGAGAGUCGCUCCAAACUGAACAAGAAGAGGAGGAUGUACUUGGCGAGGACGAGAAUGGUGAUGCAAGGACGGAUGGUCGAGAGUUGACGCAAGAAGAGCAGGCGGCAGAGGACGAGAGACUGGAUGCGCAGACCGACCAGCUCAUGGCACGUGUGGGAGAGAUCAUGACCCGCGCAGAACGCGAGGGCUUCGAUCCGGAAGACGAACUCAGAGCCCUCGUCAGCGACUCGGUCGUCCGCCAGAUCCGCGAGGGCAUGCAGACAUCCAACCUCACAGACUCGGCCUGA